CUCAGAGAGUGAGUCUGAACUCGACAUGAUGGAGGCUCGUGGGCCAGGGCAAGCGACGCCGUUUGUGCGCGAGGAGGUGCCGACGGCAGCCGGCAAGGGGAUUCCGGGGGACGGAGGCAGGGUUCCCCCGUCGCCCCCUUCGGGAAGGGGCGACUUCGGCGGAGGCAGUGUCAGCCCCACCGACAGCAGCAGCAGCAGCAGCAGCAAGAGCAACAGCAGCCCGAGCAGCAGCAGCAGUGACGCCGGCGGUGCCGGCGGCCCGGGCGGCGAAGAGUCCGGCGACCCAGGUGGGGACGGCGGUAGCGAUGGUGAUCCCGGCGACUCCGAGAACCUCGAAGAGUUGAAGUAUGAUCCAGCCGACGACCGCUACUCCCGCGGGCUAGAAGGGAAGAAACUCCUCUGGGGUGCCUCGAACGCUGGCCCGCUGCGCCAUGGGCUUGAGAGUGGCCGCACGCGGAAGCAGACCUGGGAGAUGCAAGGUGCCGGGGAGAUGCCGGGGCCCGGACAAACACCGGACCCGGAAGAGGCAUUGCUGGCGACCAUCCUGGAAAAUGGCGGGACGGGGAUUGUCGAGGACUACAUCUGCAACUCGCUUGUGAAGGAGCAGUGGGACGAGGAGCAGAUACGCCGUAUGGAGGAGAUGUACAGGCGCGAGAUGCAGGAGGUGUUGGGCCCGGAACAGCAGGCGUUCGGGGCCGAGGUCGACGCCAGCGGGUCUUCGCAACCACUCCCAGACCCACAGCGAAGUAUGACCUCGCCAGUCGGGCAGAAGCCGAGUGAUGUGGAAGCAGUACCGAUGACGUACAAGGAUGUGAUGUGUUCCAAGUACNCAAAGUGGUUGUUCUCUUGGAGGAAGAAUAAGAAGGACCUGAUAGUCGACAUCAAGGCCCGUAUGGUUGCGCGGGGUUUCUCUCAAAUCCCCGGCAUCCACUUCCACCACUCAUCCUCAGCGUGCCCGUCUGCAGCGUCUAUCAAGACGGUGAUUGCCGUAGCCACUGAAAAGGGCAAGAAACUCGCUCACUGGGAUGUGAAGCAAGCGNGA